AUGGCGACUGCGGGGGACCGUGGGAGAGGCCUGGCCCUGCUGGCGGUGCAGCAACAACUCCGAGCCGCCUACGGGAUCAAGCUGAAGAGUCGGGCGGCGAAGAGAAAGCCGCCGACAUCGGCAGCUUCCGCGGCCGAAGAGAGCAAAGUCUUUGGAAUACCUCUUCUCGAAUUACCUCAACAGGUUGUCCCUGAAUAUGGAAAUAUACCUUGCUUUUUAGUUGAAGCUUGUAAAUACUUAGAAGAACACAUUCAUACAGAAGGACUCUUCAGAAAAUCUGGAUCGUUUGUUCGUUUAAAAGCAUUGAAGAAUAAACUUGAUCAAGGUGAAAACUGCCUGUCCACGGCCCAGCCCUGUGAUGUUGCAGGACUUCUCAAACAGUUCUUUAGGGAAUUGCCUGAGCCCAUUCUCCCAAGUGAUCUCCAGGAAGCUCUCAUCAAGGCCCAGCAGCUAGGCAACGAGGAGAAGAACUCUGCCACUCUGCUGCUUUCUUGCCUUAUGAAUGACAGAACAGUUGAUACUCUGAAAUAUUUUUUCAGUUUUCUCAAAAAAGUGUCCCUGAGAUCUUCUGAAAACAAAAUGGACAGCAGUAACUUGGCGUUAAUUUUUGCUCCAAAUCUCUUGCAAUCAAGUGAUGCUGACAAAAUGUCAGCUCACACAGACAGAAAACUUCGAUCGCAGGCAGCAGUCGUCCAGACUCUUAUUGACCAUGCAGAAGAAAUAGGACACAUACCAAAGUUUAUCCUGGAAAAGAUACCUGCUAUGCUUGGCAUUGAUGAUUCGGCCUCAACUCCUUCAUUGCAAGAUUAUGAGGAAAGUGAAGGCGAAACUCCUGGAGAACACAAGAGAAGGAGAAGACGGAGCAUAGGAGAUAUUGUUAGUGGGGCUCUGAAUAAACUUAAACCUAAUAGAACACCCUGUACCACACCUCAAAGAGACGGCAGUGUAUUUUCAUCAGUGACCCCAAUGAUUGUUACUCCAAGUGUAAAGCGUAAAUGCCCCGCUGAUUCCUGUCAAGGUUUCUCUAGCAAGAAAAGGCGAUCUCUCAGGCAUAACUUGGCUCUUGAAUUGCUACCAAGUAGCCUUUUUAGCAUUAGCUCAACACCUGCAUCAGCUCAGUUUGAAGCAAGUCCUUGCAUUUCUCUUGAGGCAUCUCAGAGUUCACUGUCUACCUCAGCCACUAGUGACAAACACUUGCCUAGUAUAGGAAGUCGAAGAAGCAAAAGGAUUGCCAGCAAAAAAGUUCACAGGGUUGAGUCUGGAAAAACGGGUUGCUUUUCUCCUAAGAUUAGCCGGAAAGAAAUUGUGCGCAGGUCGUUGCGAUUAAAGUUCGGUUUGGGAAAGAACAGCAGAGAGAAUACUGCAAUGGAGCAUCCAGUUAACAGAUCUGAAAAUAUUGGCCGUAGACUUGCAAAUCAACAAGACACGGAAAGUGGAACAGAUUUUCUAAAGGCAGUUUCAUUAUUAAGUCCAUGUACUGGUGAUUGUAUAACAAAGAAAGGUUCCAAAAGCAUCAGCAAGUCAGAGGAAAACUUGUUAAUUCCAAAUCACCAUGAUGAAAAAAGCUACCGAAUGUCCUGGACUGGCCCCAGUACCACCAACCCUCAGGAAACUCAUAACAUUGGUGCUACUUUAAAGGCAUGUCUUGAAGAAAGCUGUUCUUCAGAGCGUGUUCUUAUUGCUAAAAAAUGUUUGGCCAUUACUGCUGUACCCAGGCCCACUGAAGCAAGUAUGGAACAGGACAAUAAUAUGCAACAAACAUCCUUCUGCGAGGAAGAAAAUAAUAUGACUACAGACACUUUAUUAAAAAUUAAGAAAGCCUUUUCUGAAUCUGGAAGUAACCUUCAUAACUUAUGUGAAACAGAACCUUCAAAAUUAAAUUUAACACAAGAAAAUGGAUGUGUUUCAGAAAGUGGGGAUAGACAGCACUUAAAAGUUCAAGAAACAGCAAAGGUGGAAAAGGAGAGUCAGUUUGCUAGCUCUUCUAAUGAAUGUAGUGCCACUGAUGAAUCUCGGUCAAGUAUGAGUGACAUAAAGUCCACGGAGGGACCCUUCUUCAAAAAUACUAAAUUGCCUGAUCAUCCGGUCCAUGAGUUAAGCAAAAGUGAUGUGUCAAUACAAGAGGAACAACAAACUGAGCUGGUCUCUGCAGGUGACCAUUUGAAUAAAAUACACACCCUGGAAAAAGAUAUUCUAGAAUCAAAUUGGCAAUUCACCCCAGAAGGUACUGUUGAAGAUAACUCAUUGAAAUCCUACAAUUCAGAGAAAAAGACUGAGGAACUCCUUGGAAAAAAAGGAGAGGUGCCUCUCUCUCAGUUGCCAGAACAUGAAGAUAGGAACAGCAAGCAGUACCUACAUAUGCAAACUUCUGAAAAAUCUAAACCUUCACCUUCAGGAAAGGUUGCUGACCAUAUACAUUGGUUCAACAAACUGUCGUUGAAUGAACCCUGCUCUGCAACCAAAACCAAACCACCUCUGAAGUUUCAACGUACUCCCGUCCGUCAGUCUGUAAGGAGAAUGAACUCACUCUUAGACUCUAAAAAACAGGCAGUUACUUGCAAAGUAAUGAAAUCCGGUGAUGGCUAUCCCCUUGUUAAGUCGGUGAGUUUUGAAACUGCACUAUCUUCCUGCACAGAAAUUACCUCCAGUACAUCUACAAUUUCACUAUCCUCUGAAACAAUGAAUAAGCAAACAUGGACAUGUGAUCAGCUUGCUUUAUCUUCCAGAUCUUACCCACAAGUGAUACAUCCAAUAGAGCAAGCUGAAAAGCUUGAUAAAGCCUUCAAAGAGAAAUUGAUUCCUAGUAACCAAUCCAAAUCUGUCCUUGAGGACCUCACAAAUCAUGAAGCGCCAAAAGCAGUUGUAAAAAUGAACACAAAUAUGAAUGUUUCAGUUGCUACACCUGAUAAAGGUGUUUUUAGAAAAACUUUGCCAGGAAAAAAGCUUCGCUAUAGAGGGUCUCCAAAGAACCCAAUGUCCACAACUCAGCUUCUUCCAGUCAUUAAACCUCUUGAUUUAUAG